AUGUCGAUCUCGGUAUCCGUGGUGCUGCUGAGCGGGCGAACGGCCAACGUGGAUGCCCUCCCGACCUCCCUGGUCCAUGAGGUUCAGGAAGAAGCGCAGUUCCAACUGGGCGUGGGCCUGCGAUGCCUCAUCUCGGACUCGGGGGAGGUGCUUCCGCCCCUCGCCUCGCUCCACAGCCUCGGCGUCGCAGACGGAGAGACGCUGACGGCGCACACGCGCGGGGCGAGCCUCGCAGCUACUGGCGCUGCUUUCGCCCUGCUCCGGAGCGACGGGCGUGUGGUGACGUGGGGCGACUCAGAUCGAGGGGGCGACAGCAGCAACGUGAGGGAAAAGCUUUUUGCCGUGCACUCGCUGACGGCAACGGCUUUUGGAGCCUUCGCAGCCCUCAAGACGGAUGGAUCGGUAGUCACCUGGGGCAACCCUGGCUACGGCGGCAGUAGCGACUCCGUCAGGGCCCGGCUCACUGGCGUCCAGCAGAUUACGGCAUCAGCAGGCGCCUUCGCAGCUCUCCGCGCCGACCGCUCCGUUGUCACCUGGGGCCACAAAUGCUUCGGAGGGGACAGCCGCGCGGUGCGCGGGCAGCUGAAGGACGUGGAGCAGAUUUGGUCUACGGCCUGCCGCUGCCUGGCCAUGCACUGCGCGGCCUUCGCGGCCCUGCGCAGGGACGGCACCGUCGUGACCUGGGGAUGUGCAGCCUACGGAGGGGACAGUCAAGCAGUGCAGUCACAGCUUCGCAACGUGCAGCAGAUCGAGGCCACCGUCGGAGCCUUCGCAGCACAAAGGGAGGACGGCUCUGUGAUCACCUGGGGCCACCGCGCCUUCGGUGGGGACUCGGGAUCCGUUCAGCACCUGCUGAAGGACGUACGGCAGGUCCGUGCCACACUUGGGGCAUUUGCUGGACUCUGCGCGGAUGGUUCUGUGGUCAGUUGGGGCUUGGAGAUGAUCUCUGGAAACGACUUGCCUUUGGACGUGCUGCAGAACGUCAAGGACCGAGAAGGGCUCUUUAAAGGAGGAUGA